ACCCGUGAGGCGAACACGACUACCAAUCGUUGCACUUCGCGUUAUUCAGUCUCAGUGCGCGGAUCGUCGUACCGCUUGUCAUUUACACGUUCACUCGUUCUGUUAACAGAUCUUUGAACACUUGACAUAAAAUAUUUUCCCUCUCGCAUCCUCAACGUGUGAACGUGUGAAAAACAAUGUCGGUCGUUUAUAGAAACACGAUGAACGCCAUUGGCAAGAUCGUGCCUAAGAAGGUUCAACCACUGUGGAAUCACCCUGCUGGUCCGCAGACUAUAUUCUUUUGGGCACCGAUUUGUAAAUGGGGCCUUGUAAUAGCUGGCCUCAGUGAUCUUAAGAGACCAGCAAAUCAAUUGUCCGUUAAACAGUCAGGUUCCCUGUUCGUCACCGGCUUGAUCUGGACCAGAUACUCGUUAGCGAUCACUCCGAAAAAUUGGAGCCUCUUCAGCGUGAACUUCUUCGUCGCGUUGACGUCCUUGUAUCAAAUUGGACGCGCGAUAAUGUACCAACGUGAACAGGAGGCUUUAAAAGCAGCAUCGUCGGAAGAGAAAUAGUGAUAGUAUUUCAAAUAUACACAUUCCUAGGGGUGGAGAUAUAUAAAUGUAUAUGGAUAGGAAUAUUAGGAACAUUUGAUUGACUUGCGAAACAUCGUUAACUAUUAUUAUGUAACUACGAAGAAAGACAGCCAAAAAAAAUGACGCAAGUUCAUAAUCAUCACUAAACGUGAACUUCGAAUGAUUAUGAAAGUUUCGUAGUGCGAUUGUAAAUACUUCAGUUCAAGUAAAUGUACAUUAUUUAUAGUAGGAAUUCAUCAGACCACAAGUAAUCGUGUAAAGCAUCAUAAGUUAAGUAAUUAUAGGAUAUAAACAAUAAGCAAUCGUAUAAAUCAUGGAUAAAAAUCGGCAUAAAAAAGUUCUCAGUUACUAAUGCUUAGGAAACGUUAAAUGCCAAAAAUAAUACAUCAAUAUUUAACGAAAAACAGAAAGAGAAAUACUGAAGUUGUAUUAAUAUUAAGGAAAUUUAGAAACACCAAAGAACACCAAUAUCAUGAAAACUCUGAAUCUCUAAAAUAAACAUAAAUUAUUCGUGCUAAGCUGUGAUAUCGAACGAAAGGUGCUGUUCGUAUCUUUAUUCCGCUAGCAAUGGAUCAAUUCUAAAUCCUAGACUAAGUACAAAUGUACCAGCAAAAUAUUUAUAUAGCAUGAUUCCUAAAGUCAGUACAACAUUCAUUGGCACGUAUGAUCAGCUAGGACACCAACUGAUAACACAGCAUUCUGUAGGAAUAAUAUAUCAUAUUUAAAUAGGUACACUUAUCUACGUACAAAUCUACCUCUAAUUAAUAACGUACAAUGUUUGUUUCAACAAUUUGCAACACUGAUGCUGAAGAAUUCGAAGAAGUAGGAUAUGUAUGUACAAAUUAUAUACCGAGUUCGAUGAUGUUCUAACUGCCUUGUAUAGAUUUAAUAAAGUAAUAUAUUUUUCUAA